AUGAGGCCAAUGACACAGAUGAUCAAUGAACAGAAGCUGGGUAUACUUGAGAUACAGAAAAUCCCACCAAAAUUUGUCAACAUUUUCCGGGAUGAACUUACUGCUUCUGCUACUCUCACUACUCCCAUGGGUCAAGUUUGGCCUGUGAGAUUGGAAAAGGCUUCUGACAACAGCUGUUGGAUCUGUGAUGGUUGGCAAGAAUUUGCAGAACAUCACUCCAUUGGUUGUGGGUAUCCAUGUAACCCUUCUAAUGGUUCUCAAAAUCCAUAUAAUGGCAAGCAAUCUUCAGUCCAUCCUGAAGAAGAAAUGCAGGAUGAUGUUUCUGUUGAAAUCUUGGGUUCCUCUCCUCCAUGGCAGCCUCUUACUUCUUUGAGAGAGGGCAUUUUUGAUAUUGCUUUAAUAACUGGCCAUUACAUCAGAAUUUGGUUGAGUGCAGAGGACUCAUUGAUCAAAAACAGGAAGGAAGCAAAGACAAAUGCUAGAACUCUAUUGCCAAAGAGAUGUGGAAGAACUAAAAGCAGGGAGAGGAUUAUUCAUGCUGCUAGAAUGCUUAAGCCUGCAAACCCUUCCUUCACUAUUAUCAUGAAGCCAUAUAAGAACAGACUCCUGUAUGUGCCUACUGAAUUUGGUAGAAAGUAUUUAAAGAGGAAAUCAAUCAAACUUGAGGAUUCUACGGGAAGACAGUGGCUGCUCUCAUGCCUUUUGAACGGAGGCAGAAACAUAAGGCUAAGCAAGGGUUGGCAUGAAUUUGUGGAAGAGAAAAAUCUGAAAGAAGGAGAUGUCUGUGUCUUUGAGCUGGUGCAGAGGGAGGAUGUUGUGCUGAAGAAGAUCCCACCAAAAUUUGUCGGCAUAUUUGGGGAUGAACUUACUGCAGCUGCUACUCUCACUACCCCCACUGGUCAUGUUUGGCCGGUGAGAUUGGAAAAGGCUUCUGUCAACAACUGUUGGUUUUGUGAUGGUUGGCAAGAAUUUGCAGAACAUCACUCCGUCCUUGCUGGGUACUUCUUAGUCUUUGAAUAUGAAGGGAAUUCAAAUUUCAAAAUUUCUAUAUUUGAUUUGACUACCUGUGAGAUUAGUUAUCCAUGUAACCCUUCAAAUGGCUCUGAAAAACAAUAUCAUGGAAAGAGAUCUUCAGUCCAUCCUGAAGAAGAAGAAAUGGAAGAUGAUGUUUCUGUUGAAAUCUUGGGCUCAUCCCCUCCAUUUCAGGCUCCUACUUCUUUGAAAUCGGCUAAGACUUCUUUUAAAUCAGGCUUGGGAAUCAUGAAGCAUGGCAGAAAUGACGAUUCCUUUCAAAGCCCAAAAUCAAAGCAUGUUUGUUUCAGUGAGAGCAAGAAGUACAAAAUGGACUCCCAAAUGUUUGAUCAUAACCAAACAGAAUCUGAUGAAGAUGAUUCAGUAAUAGAAGGCAGAAAGGAAGCAAAGACAAGGGCUAGAACUCCUUCACCAAAGAUAUGUGGGAGAACUGAAGGCAGGGAGAGGAUUCUCCAUGCUCCUAGAAUGUCUAAGCCUGCAAACCCUUCCUUUUCUGUUACCAUGAGGCCAUAUAACAUAGAGAGCAGAUUCCUGAAUGUCCCUGCUGCAUUUGCUAGAAAGCAUCUCAGAAGGAAGUCAAUCGAACUUCGGGAUUCUGGUGGAGGACAGUGGCCUCUCAAAUGCCUUCAUCACCAACGUGGUUCUGUAAUGCUAAGCAAGGGUUGGAAGGAUUUUGUGGAAGAGAAAAAUCUGAAAGAAGGAUAUGUCUGUUUCUUUGAGCUGGUCCACAGGAAGGACCCUGUGCUGAAGGUGUCCAUAUUUCAAUAGUGAACAAAACCUCAAAAGUCUGAAUAAACCAAAUAAUAUUGAA